UCAUUUUCAGUUGGCGCUCCUGGAAGAUAGGAAGUCGCCGACUUUCGGAUCGCGAACCUUCCCUUAAAAAUCGUGGCGUAAAGAGGACGCAAUGGGUCGUUAUUCCCACGAACCGGUCAACCAGACCAAGUCCUGCAAGGCGCGCGGCUCCAAUCUUCGCGUGCAUUUCAAGAACACUCAUGAGACUGCACGUGCUAUUAAAACUAUGGCUCUGCGGAGGGCGCAGAAAUACUUGAAGAACGUCAUCGAGCAUAAGGAGUGUGUUCCUUUUCGUAGGUUCAAUGGUGGUGUUGGCAGGUGUGCCCAAGCCAAACAAUUUGGCACUACGCAAGGUCGUUGGCCCAAGAAGUCUGCAGAGUUUCUGCUGCAACUUCUGAAAAAUGCAGAAAGCAAUGCAGAUUAUAAGGGACUCGAUGUGGAUCGUCUUGUAGUUGAGCAUAUUCAGGUUAAUCAUGCUCCUUGCCUUCGCAGAAGGACAUACAGAGCUCAUGGUCGUAUAAAUCCUUACAUGAGCUCACCUUGUCAUAUUGAAGUAAUAUUGACUGAAAAGGAAGAUGUUGUUGCGAAAGCCACAGAAGAGGAGCCAUCAAAAAAGAAACUUAGCAAGAAAAAGCUUGCUAGACAAAAGGAGAAAAUGAUGAGGGAAUAAUUUCAUACUUUAUGUGGACACGUUAAAUGUAUCAGAAAAAAUGAAGAUGUUACUUCAUA